UUUGACAAAUUCAUCAUAUAUUACAAUGAAAUCCAGGCCUCUAAGGUUUCAGCCUCACAAUAAUUAUGUUGAUGAUACACUGUGGUGAUUGUAGCAAGAGAAGAACAAUGAUCUAUCAAUGGUUAAGCAUAAUCAAAUUGGUAUCCCUUCUUUGCUUUGUUGCUGGCCAGAACAGUAGCAACACACAACCACUUGAUUAUAGAUAUGCUUGUUUAGACCAAUCUUCUGAUCCUCCCUCUGCCACAUACCAAGCCAACCUCAACAAUUUGAUCUCAACCCUCUCAUCUGAUUCUGCUACCAGCAAUGGUUUUGGAAACGGAACUUCAGGUGAUGAUGAUCCAAGCAACAUGGUUUAUGGACUCUACCUUUGCCGUGGUGAUGUGAACACCAGCCUCUGCCACUCAUGUGUCCAAAACUCUAGCAGAUUGCUCAAGCAGCACUGCCCCAACAAUGCCACAGCAAUUCUGUGGUACCCCUUUUGCCUACUGAGGUACUCAAACCAGAAUUUCUUUGGCAACCUCACCAUAAGGCCGAGGAUUCCGAUGUUCGACGCCACGCAGAAUUUUACAAGUGCUGGAGAAUUUGACAGUGAUGCCAGGGUCUUGAUGAAUGGUUUGAUACAAAUGGGGUCAGAGACACCCUUGAUGUUUGGGACACAUAUGUUCAACAUAAAUGGUACUCAGAGAAGGUAUGGCUGGGUGCAGUGCAGCAGAGAUAUUACUGCUGAGGAGUGCAGAACAUGUUUGAGUAAUAUGCUUGAGGAUGUUGAAAAUUGUUGUGAGGAGAAGAAGGUGUGGCGUGUCUUUUCGCCAAGCUGUAUUCUCAUGUACGAAACUCAACCAUUCUUUGUGAAUGAUACAGCGACUCAGCAAGCCAAAGAAGGGGACAACACAAGGUGGUGGAUUACAGUAGUCAUAGUUGUAGCUGGAAUUGUAGUAGUAUCUCUAUUGGCUAUAAGCACAUACUACUUCUGGUGCUUGAAACGGAAAAAGGACAAACUAGCUGUUCAAGAGAAUGGACUAAAUUCAAUGUUUUCUCAAGAUCAAACAGACCAGGGAGAGAGUAUGAACUGUGACCUUCCUAUGAUACCUCUGAGUACUAUUUUAAAAAGUACAGAUAAAUUUUCUGAUAAACAUAAAUUGGGAAAAGGAGGAUUUGGCCCUGUCUAUAAGGGUGUUUUACCAGAUGGAAGGCAAAUUGCUGUUAAAAGGCUUUCAAAAACUUCUGUUCAAGGUGUGGUGGAAUUCAAGAAUGAAGUAUUAUUGAUUGCCAAAUUGCAGCAUCGCAACCUUGUGAGACUGUUGGCUUGCUGCAUUGAGCAAAAUGAAAAGCUGCUUAUAUAUGAAUACAUGCCUAAUUCAAGCCUUGAUUUCCACCUAUUUGAUAUGGAGAAAGGUACACAUCUGGACUGGAAGCACCGAUUAAACAUUAUUAAUGGCAUUGCUAAAGGGCUUCUAUAUCUACAUGAGGACUCUAGAUUAAGGGUUAUUCACAGAGACUUGAAAGCUAGCAACAUUCUAUUAGACCAUGAAAUGAAUCCAAAAAUCUCAGACUUUGGAUUGGCUAGAACAUUUGGACGAGACCAAAAGCAGGCAAAUACUAUUAGAGUUGUUGGAACUUAUGGAUACAUGGCUCCAGAGUAUGCUAUGGAAGGCUUGUUUUCAGUGAAGUCAGAUGUUUUCAGCUUUGGUGUUCUUUUGUUGGAGAUCAUCAGUGGAAAAAAGAACAGUAAAUUCUAUUUGUCAGACCAAGGCCAAAGCCUUCUCAUAUAUGCAUGGAAGCUCUGGUGUGAAAGCAAAGGUUUGGAAUUGAUGGAUCCGAUAAUAGAAAAUUCAUGUGUACGUAGUGAAGUUCUAAAGUGCAUGCACAUUGGUCUAUUGUGUGUACAAGAAGAUGCAGCAGAUAGACCAACAAUGUCAAAUGUUGUUCAUAUGCUUGCAAGUGACACAGUGAGUCUUCCCGUCCCCACACGGCCUGCAUUUUCUGUUGGAAGAGCCGCCACUGAACGAGAGUCUUCAUCAAACACUUCUAUGCAUUACUCUGUCAAUGAAGCAACACUCUCUGAAGUGAUACCAAGGUGAUGAUAAAUAGAUCAGGACAUGCUUUUCUUCUUAGUUAUCUCUUGUAGGAUGCAGGAAAUCUGUGUACAAGUUAUCGAAAGUCGAAACACAGAAAAGUAAUAUGUUUUUAGGAAGGUCACAAUAUUUUUUGUGUGUAUAUAAUGAUUAAGUUUCUGAAAGUAUAUUUUGUCUUAAUUGUAUUUAUUAAGAAAGUGGAUUAUCAGUGUAAUUUAAUUUUAUAAAACUAGUUUAUAAGACAAGUAUUGUUUUUCUCUUGUAUGUAAUUGAUUAUACUACUAGUAUCUUCAUCACCCCUCGUGUCAAAGACUAUAGCUCAAGUGCAAAGCUUACAGAAUUGGACAAUUGUAAGUGAUAUAGUGAUGAAUCGAUAAGGCCAACAACUAUCAAUUAUUACUAGGAUAAACUCUUAUAUUAUCUAAUGAAAGUGAAUUAUGAGUCUAACUUAUAAGAUAAGCUUUGUUCCCUAUAUUGGCCAUACCACCUAUCAAUGUGAGUUCUUUAGCGAUAUCUAUUAUCAUGGGUUAUGUUUUUUGAUAAUCAUUUGGUAACACUAUUGCCUACAUUUUUUUUUGUUUUAAAAAAGUA